AGGAAAAACGCUUCCUCUGCACUUGCCGUCGCACACACACACACGCAAAACCCUAGCAGAGCCGCCACCAUCACCAAGCGAAAAUGAAGUACAACCCAAGGGUCUCGAGCUCACGCCGCAAGAGCCGGAAGGCCCACUUCACGGCGCCGUCGAGCGUCCGCCGCGUGCUGAUGAGUGCGCCCCUCUCCGGCGACCUCCGCUCCAAGUACAACGUCCGCUCGAUGCCGGUCCGCAAGGACGACGAGGUCCAGGUCGUGCGUGGGACCUACAAGGGCCGCGAGGGCAAGGUCGUCCAGGUCUACCGCCGCAAGUGGGUGAUCCACAUCGAGCGAAUCACCCGCGAGAAGGUCAACGGAUCGACCGUCAACGUCGGAAUCAACCCCUCGAAGGUCGUGAUCACCAAGCUCAGGCUCGACAAGGACCGGAAGUCGCUCCUCGACCGCAAGGCCAAGGGCCGCGCCGCCGCCGACAAGGACAAGGGCACCAAGUUCACCGCCGAGGACAUCAUGCAGAGCGUCGAUUGAAGGAGUUAGGUUUUUACUCUUGUUUAGGUCUUUGUUACUGAGAAGAACUGAAAAAGGUAUUUUUCGUUUAAUUUGUGCUUUUUGGUGUUUAUUAUGAUGCUCUUGAGGGUAUCUGGUGUUGGAUCCCUCUGAGACGUGGAUUUUGUGCUGUUUUAAUGCAAUAUUCUAUAUUUCUGGAAAUAACUGUUUCGGAUGAUUUA